CCACGGACGACGGCGGUAGUGCAGUCUGCCAAAAUUCCCGGGCAGCUAGAUUUUGGUGCAAAAAAGAUUCGAUACUGCCGUCGUUUUUCGAAAGUGAUUGAUUUCUGAUUAGGCACAUGGAAGAUUACAACGUAGAGAAUAUCCUAACCUAAAAUGGAUAGCUGUCGCACAAAAUUCAGUGAGUUUUGAGGUUGUUAUUGUUUGACAAUUUUGUGAAAGAUCGUCUGCUCGGAAAAUUGCAGUGGACGCCUGCACGACAGAGGUUCGGCUGCUGCACGGAGAUUCGUACGUACAAAUACACCACUUAUUUUGACAGUGUCAACCAGAACUCCUACCAUCCCUGUGUUAUUUGGAGGACAACAAACUGAAGUAAAAACAAUGAAAGCAGAAUAUAGCAGUGGAACUUUUUGAAGUGCAAUUCAAGCAGAAGUACAUGUAGUAGUUAGGCAGCAACCUGAAAAUUCAAUCGAAAUUGCCUCGGUUGAAGGUUGUUUAGUCAUUUCACAAAACCAAGUGACUACUUUUAAUUUACAAGGAAGGCUCUGUCAAGGAGUAAUUAGUUAACAAUGCAUAAAUCAGACCUGAACUUGGACCGAGUUAUAGAGCAGCUGUUAUCAGUGCAAUCAGCAGGAAAGCAGGUCCAGCUGCCAGAGAACCAGAUUAGACAGCUAUGCCAACUUUCUCGGGAGAAGUUCCUGGAAGAGCCCAUGCUCCUCGAGCUAGAGGCACCAGUCAACAUCGUGGGCGACAUCCACGGCCAAUUUAUGGAUCUGAUCCGACAUUUUGACGCACUUGGGUUCCCGCCUGAUAGCAAUUACCUCUUUCUGGGGGACUACGUUGACAGAGGCAAACAGUCCCUGGAGACCAUCUGUUUAAUGCUCGCCUACAAGCUGAAAUAUCCAAGCAACUUCUUCCUCCUACGCGGCAACCACGAGUGCGCAAGUAUAAACAGGAUUUACGGUUUUUAUGACGAGUGCAAACGCCGAUACAACAUCAAGCUGUGGAAGACAUUCACGGAUUGCUUCAACUGUUUACCAAUUGCUGCCCUGGUGGAAGGCACGAUAUUCUGCAUGCACGGAGGGCUGUCCCCGGACCUGUCUACCGUUGAUCAACUCCGUCAUAUAAAUCGUCCGCUAGACAUUCCCGAUCAUGGCCUGGUGUGCGAUCUACUAUGGGCAGAUCCUGAUGAUGACAUCACUGGCUGGGGAGAGAAUGACCGUGGGGUGUCCUACACAUUCGGUGGAGACGUUGUACGACAUUUUCUCAAGCGGAACGAUCUUAGUCUAAUAGUCAGAGCCCAUCAGGUUGUGGAAGACGGGUACCAGUUUUUCCAGAAGAGGAACUUAGUGACGCUGUUCAGUGCGCCCAACUACUGUGGGGAGUUUGAUAACGCUGCCGGGGUCAUGAUAGUCACUGAGGACCUCACCUGUUCCUUCUCAAUACUACCGCCGGAGACUAAGAAAGAAGCAUCAGCGAAGAAGAAAUAGCAAGCCUGUGUAUUGUGGCGGGGCUAAUUCCAUACCGCUGCCAAAUACCGACAAUAUUCCCCAUAGCAUAACUAGGUUAGCAGUCAAGAUGCCACAGGUAUGUUCUUGCACAUAUGGCUGGUUCUCUCAAUGAUUUUUGCUUGGCAAUAUUUCCCUGCUUAGCAGCCCGGUGGGAUUGCACCCUGAAAACUGCAUUACUACAUUCAACAACUCGACAAGAACUUUGAAACUUCGCAAGGAAUCCCAGCCAAUGAGGGCGCUACUCUUCCCUACCCGAACACCGAUGAUCAGCUUUGAAGUCGAUGAAUUGAUCUGAAGAACAUACAUCAGUUAAGGCAAUACUUUUACAAUAGCUUAUUAACUUUAUGGCAAAUUUUGUCCCGUCUAAAGGGCCAUGUCACACAGGGCAAUUUACCGGCAACCAAUUCCAGGCAAUUUCCAGGAAGAAAACGCAUUCACAAGUGAGUUUUAUUCUUUGGAAUCGUCUGAAAUUGUUUUGCAAGAUUUUGUGCCCAGGCCUUGAACUUUGCUCUUGAAGGGCCAUAGCAAUCUUCCUGUGGUAAGAGGCACUUCCAUGAAGAAACUUUAAAUUUGUAUUGGUACUUUGGAGAGGGCACCACAGCAAAAGCACAGGGCACCGCGGCAAUUGCUGUGGUUGCCUUUGGAUAAAGUGGUCCUGUAGCCUGCACUGCCAAGAGUAGCCUGUAAAGGUUGCCAUGUGUGACACGGCCCUGUAGACCUUUAUCAUGGCGUAGCCAUCUUGAUUUUACUCCAUUCCAACUCAUUGUAACCAAACUGAGGCUGGACG